AUGGGCUGGUGUGUGGAUAAUGUGACAUCUGCCUCCAGUGAAACACCUCCCCCAGCUGAUGCAGUAACCAUUGCAGUGUUGGACAUCCUCCUGGUUACUUCAUCCAUUGUGUUAAACGUCUUAAUCCUUUUGGCUGUGUUACGAAACCAACGUCUGCACACAGUUUCCAACGUUUUCAUCUCCUCUCUGGCAGCGAGUAACCUCUUCCUGGCAAUUGUCACAGAUAUCAAAAUGAUAAUUAUGUUAAUUUCAUGUUACAAACCUGUGCUCGACACCCUUACCGAUUGCAUUUAUGCUUUUGUUUACAGUCUCUCAAUGACAACAAGUGCCUACAAUCAUUUAAUGAUCGCUUCGGAGCGUUGGCUGUAUAUUGCCAAGCCAUUUUUACAUCACAGGGUGAUAACGUACAGAUCAACAUUGUGUGGAGUUAUCCUUUCCUGGGUUGUAGCCUUCUUUUGCAGUGUUAAUUUAAUUUCUGGUCCAUGUGCUCCCACAUUCUUCGAAAGCCGAUCAAAGAUAAACUAUUGCCUUGUAAUUCCUGUCAUUCACUUUAUUUUAAGCACCUUCAUGAUCAUAAUCUACGGCCACAUCGCAUUAAUAACAAGAAAUCAGACGAGAGCUAUCAAGAAAACUACCUCUAUGAAUACAGAACACUCAAAAAGAGAACUGGAUCCAAUCCUUUCGAAUUUAAAGUCGACAUGGAAACAAGUUCGAAUGUUGGUUAUUGUGUUCGGGGUCUACUUUGUUCUCACGACACCGUAUAUAGUAACGAAUGUAUACGUGUAUGUCCAUGAAAUCAGUUUGGUGUUGUACAACGACAACAUCGGGAAGGCUGUGACGCUGAUCUCCCAUGCUCAGUGUGGAGCCAACUUCCUGACAUACUGUCUUCAGGACAGAGACUUUAGACAUGUUCUCAGACAGUACUGUCUGAAAUUUAAAAUAUCUAGUUUUAGUGGAAGAGUUAAUCCAAUUGCCUCUGUCACGUGA